AUGGGGGAGGAAAACGAGGCCUCGAAUUCUAACCCCGAACCAGAUGCGAGCAGCAGCGAAGAAUCCCAAGUGAUAUUGAAUGUAUAUGACCUUACACCUGCAAAUCAGUACUCUGUUUGGUUUGGUUUUGGCAUCUUCCAUUCUGGCAUUGAAGUUCAUGGUAAGGAAUAUGGGUAUGGAGCACACGACUUCCCAAUCAGCGGAGUGUUUGAAGUGGAGCCUAAGAGCUGUCCUGGUUUCAUUUAUAGAUGCUCUGUCCCUCUGGGUCAUCUUAACAUCCCUCCCUCUGAAUUUCGUACAUUUAUUGAGGGUGUAGCUUCUGAGUAUCAUGGGAACACCUAUCACCUAAUUUCCAAGAACUGCAAUCAUUUUACAGAUGAUAUCAGCAAAAGAUUGAUAGGGAAAGGGAUUCCUGGAUGGGUGAAUCGGUUGGCACGGCUAGGUACAAAGUUCUCACUUGAAUAUAAUUUCUAUCACAUUUAG